AUGUUCAUGGACCGCGAGGCCUUGAUUCAUUUUAUUGGCGGUGCAGCAGGUGGAACCGCAGGUAAUUCUUGUUUUUGUAUACUAAACGUGGGAUAUUCUCCAGAAAAAAAAGUUUAAAAAGUUAAGGAACUGCGCUGACGUGUCCUCUAGAAGUUGUGAAGACGCGUAUGCAAUCCUCGACGGGUCUCGACACCACGAGCGGCCCCAGUACCAGCCAAGGUAGCUUUUUUCUUUUGUUUGAUUCUGAACAAAAGCUUUCAAUUGAAAGUUUCAGGCAACCUUUCCUCGAAAUCAGGAAAUUCUUCGUCAUCCAACAAAAAAGCUCAUUCCGUAAAUGCGACGUCUUACAAACCGUCGAUAGGUAUACUUUUCUUUUUGUCUUUUCUUUUCGUGCAAAUCCAAUGCUUUUUUUGAGAACGUAGCGUGAAAAAUAUAUUUUAAGCGAUUAUUUCUUCUCAAAUUAUGCUCCUUUGAUUGGUUUUGAACAAGAAAUUCAGAAGUUUUAAAGAUGAUGAACUUGAACACUUUGUUGUUAUUUUCUCAUUUCGCACUGAAAGUAAGAAAGAAAUUAAUUUUAUUUAAUACGAUUAUUAAGUGUUUUUCAGGUGAGAACGUGCGUCUCCGGGGACAAAUUGCCAUGCAGCGUCUCUUAGGAGGUGGGUUUUUAUUAUUUUCUGGAGCUUGAGAUGAAGUCCAUAUUCAAGUACCGGUGAUGUCCUCGAGAAGCUUUUUUCUUCUUUUGGGAAAUUUCCAAUGUUGAUAUCAUGGGUUAUUCCACGGUCAACUCCUACAGAAAAGAGAUGGUUGAACUGACUUUGUUUUCAGUCGUUUCUCCUAGUAGUUGACGAAUUAUUUUGAGAAAGUUUAUUUGAGCGUUCACGUAGGUACAAUAACAGUUAGUUCUAUAUCUUUUUUUCUCGUUUUCUACUUUAUGUCAAUCUAUGCGCUUUUUUUCACAUCUGAAACCUAGUGAAGCACAACUUUUUUUUCGCAUACUGAUAACACCGACAAGAGUUCUAGUGUAGUCUAAGAAGGGGAAGUCAUUCUAGGGUAAAGUUUGGAAGUUGAGCUGCGGCCCGGGUGACAAUAUGUUUGCAACGCGGUCGCGAACCGGUCAAAAUGAUCCACUUUUUGACGUCCUUUGUUUUUAAAUUUCGCAGUGUGUAAAUCGGAGGGUGAAGGAUAAAAAUAUUUUAUUCAUCAUUAUCAAGUAAUGUAAACCUAAAAACGAGAGAAAAAAGUUUGCGAUUGCGACUGGGUUUGGAGGUUAUUUGUAAAAACAGCAGAAGAUCUAGAAAAUGGAGAGAAUAAAAAGGGUGAAGUCUUACUAUCCAUGGUUUUUGUGUUUGAGGCGAUGUCGCACGAUUAUGUUCGCCGUUCGGAGCGUCGAUGGGAGCGACGCUGCGGGCGGCAUCGAACAUCGCCGAAAGGAGUGAACCCCCGAAGCAGAGCCGCAACUUCGUCAUCUUCCGGUACAUCAGGUAGUUCGACCUUUCUUUUCUGUUAAUCACGCUCUCGCUUCAGUUGGGUGAUCCGCAACGAAGGCUUUGGCUCCCUUUACAAAGGCCUCGUCCCCAAUCUCAUCGGCGUCGCUCCGUCCAAGUUUGUCUUUCUAACUGUUACCUAUAGUGCGUUCCGUGCGAGACAGUCACGUUUUGAAAGAACAGAAACGAAAAAGCUACCGUAAAUACGAAAUUUUGCUCAAAAACUGCUAAAAAGACAGCAACAUACAAAGUUCUUGAAGCGAGGAUGCUUAAUUUCGAUCUAAUUUGGCAUAAAGUCUUUUCGGCGAGAAGAAAAACGUGAAAAGCUGGCGCGGAAUGGGCUAUAUCAGGGUUGCACGGAAGAGAUUCGCGCAAAAGCACUUGAAUCAUAAUUUUGCGUGAGAAUAUUUUUUCUCGGAUAAAAUAUUUGAGUUAUAUUUAUUUGAAAGAAAAGUAAAAUCGAGAGAGUAUUUCGAUAGAGGGAGCUAUUUUCAAAAGGCAUAAAGAAAAAAUGGCCCUUUCAGAAAUUUCAACUCAAAUUUUUUUCCGCAAAUCUCUUCCGUGCAAUCCUGCUAAAAAUUAAAUAAAGUCCAAUAAAGGCUGUGGACAUAAAAAUUCAGAAUUCGUUAACGUGAUGGUACGAUUUUAUCUCAAGUCCGCAAAUCUCCGGAGCCGUUAUCUCAGAGUACUGUAAUCUCAAGGCCCAUAAUCUCCGAAACCACUUAUCUCCGAAAACAAAAAACUUCGAUUUUCUUUGCCUUUUUUUGCAUUUUGUUUUUGUUUUUUUCUUGUGUUGUGCUCAGAAUACAAUCUCCGAUCCAAAUUUUUUGCCGGACCCUAAUUAUUCAUCAAAUUUCCACUUUUUAUUGAGAAGCUGAACAAUUUUUAAGUUAAGCCACUUCGAAGUUCGAGUUUCACUCUUUUUUUCUUUGCUUUCCACAUGAAAAAAAGUUAUCAGAGAAGCUUAAGGACAAGAAAAAAAUUGAAAAAAUUAUCAAUUUGAAAAAUUGAAAUUAUUUUCACUCAGUGGAAAAAAUAAAAAAAGUUUGAAAAACGAAAAUAUUUGGCUUUCGUACACAGUUUCGGUCGGAGAUUGUAUUCUGAGUACAACACAAGAAAAAAUUGUAAAUAAAAUGCAAAAAAGAGAAAGGAAAUUGAAGUUUUUUUGUUUUCGGAGAUAAGUGGUUUCGGAGAUUAUGGGCCUUGAGAUUACGGUACUCUGAGAUAACGGCUCCGGAGAUUUGCGGACUUGAGAUAAAAUCGUACCAUCGUUAACGUGGUUAGAGUCCUGAUCAAUAAAAUUCAUUCACGAUUUCCAAAAUUUUCGUUUCUUAAUCCGGUAAUUUUUUCCCCAUUUUUUUUAGUCCGACGAUUUUUUUUGCGUUGGAUUUAUACUGUUUGAAAACAGAAUAACAAGAAAAAGCUCAAAAAUUUUUCCAAAAAAGAAUGAUUUUACCUUUCCUCCAGAGCUGUGUACUUUUACACAUACUCUUCAUCGAAGAGAUUUUGGAACGAUUCCGAUUUUUUCCUGCCGAAUUCGGCAAUCGUGCACAUGGUCAGCGCUGGAAGUGCAGGUUUAACUUUUUUUUUCGUCAGGAGAAAUCAAAAUUUCUUAAGUUUUGUAAUGAUUUCAAAAACCUUACUUUAAAAAAUUAUGUUUAUGAUAAUCUUUGAGAUGAGUUUAAAAAGCCUAUAGUUGGAAAGGAAAUAUUCUGCAAUAAGAAAUAGGACCAGUAACACCAAAGGAUUGUUUCAUGCGACUCCCCUGUUUUAUUCACCAUUUAAAGAGGAAAGGAUAUUGACACUGAAUCUAAAUUUCACGAAAAAAAAAGUUUAUAAGUGAAAAGAAAGAUGGAUACGGAACCAGAGAUAAUCAAUGUAUGAUAAUGAUUUGAAAGAUAAUAUUCAUUUGUCAAAAGCAAAAUAUCUGUGUUUUGGAAAAUAAUGAUGCAAACGAGGCCGUUCCUGUCAAUAUUUGAACAACUUCCAACACAUGCAUUCCUAUGAGGCUUCAGGAUUCGUCGCUGCCUCGGCCGUCAACCCGAUUUGGCUGGUGAAGACGCGUCUGCAGCUGCACAAAGGCCCCAUCGGAAUCUUUCCGAUGGUGAAGCGCGUCUACCAACGCGAAGGACUUCGCGGAUUCUACAGGGUAUUUCUUUUUCUGUGACCGUAUUUAUGGAGAUUCACGAUGCAUUUAACGCUUUGAUGAGGAAUUCAAAAAAGUUCGUUUCAAUUUUUUAAUUACAAUUUUCAGCAUAAAAUACACGCACUUAAUGAGAAAUUUUGACUUUUCCGGGGUUCAACGCUCGGUCGGUAUAACUCUUGUGAAGCUAGCGGUUUUUCAUAAAUGAAAACAGUCCGGGUGGUUCAGGGCGUGAGCGCGUCCUACGCAGGAGUGUCCGAGACGAUGAUUCAGUUCUGCAUUUACGAGUACUUCCGAGGCUAUCUCAUGGAACACGCCGACGAGACCGACAAGCGCAAAAUGGUGAAAAUCCCGUCGUUUCCAGCAACUCAAUCACUAUUUUCAGGACUUUUUGAACUUCAUGGUCGCUGGAGGCUCGGCCAAAUUCAUCGCCUGUGUGAUGGCCUACCCUCAUGGUUCUCUUUCUUCCUUGUUUUUAUAUGAUCUGAAUGGUUUUCAUGAACUUGUUUGGGUUGUAAGGCCCCUGAAUAAGCGUUUUUAAUAUUGUUCCCAAGUUGAUGACCUCUUUGUUGACUAGACAAAGCAACGGAAAAUUUUGGAAGAAAAGAUAUAAGGGUAGAAAUAGUUUCUAGGUUUUCUGGUAUUUCAAGAUCGACGGUAGCUGAAUAUCGAGCUUGCCUGAAGUUAUUGUAUAUUCGAUGAACUUGCUUUCUUAUUCUCACAAUUGUCCGAAAUCAAGCCUUAAUCAUUCAAAAAACGCGUUUUACUCACAAGGAAGGUCAUUUUUCUUUGCGGUUGGGAUUUUCCUGAAAAUUGGCCAGUGCGCUCCUAGAUGUACGAGGAAAAAUUUCUGCAAAUCUCAACCUCUGCAAAUUCCUCGUUUUUGAAAAAAAAAAACGCCUCGAAGUCAAAGAAAACAUUUGAAAUCCAUAAAAAUAUACUAAUUUGGGCUUUGGGUUUUUAUUCCUCGAAAACUAGGAAGUUGUGCAGGUUGAGGUUUUCAGGAUCUUCAUGUGGUACAACAAGGAGUAUUUUAGCCAAUUUCAGGAAAUUCCAAAUCGCAAAAUAAAACGACUUUCCCUGCCAGUUUUUCUCGUUUCGGAUCUCACAAAAUUUUCGUUCGAGGCUCAGAAACUUUCAAAAUUCCUCUCAAAAACUUGGACGGCUUUAGAACCAACAGUUCAGUCGCACACAACCUUUGCGAAAAAUUGAUUAAAUCUGAGGAUAUAAAAUCCGUAAACUCUCAAAAUGAGUACAAAAGGUUUAAAAUCAGCAUGGGUCAGCAAUUUGCAGUUGUGAGGGGUGCGAAAGCUUUGAUAAUUUAACUUGUUUCUUUUACGAAUUUUAGUCGUCUUAAAAAACAAUUCAACGAAAUAUGAAAAAAUGAAAACAAAUUGAGGAUUUUGAAAUGUGGCUAGACUUGAAAUCGCUUUGCGACUUCAGGCUUCUCACCAGGGAACGUUUUUUACCCGUUGAACUUUUGCUGAAACUUUGCUUAAGUGUACUUCAGGACCUCCUGAUUGCAGAACAGAAAGAAAAUUUCUCGCUAUAGAUAUUGUUUCCGAGUUAUGGAGCUUCGAAGUGUGCAAAAUACGCAAAUUAGGCCAAAAAAGCGCUAUUCCGGGUUUUUAGUGUCCUAACUCGAAAAAGAGAUCUAUUGCGAGAAAUUGUAUUCUUGUUCUGGAAUCAGAAGGUCCUAAAGUAUACUUCAGCAAAGUUUCAGCAAAAAUUCAACCGGGGGUAAAAAAAGUUCCCUAGUCAACUGCAAAAGGCCGAACCAACGCGGCACAAGUCCAUUCGAUGGAAUUCAGCGCAUGCUGACGAAACAGCCUUCAACAGAGAGGCAGAGCGCUUCCAAAGAUAAUUUUGGUGAUACAGAAGUGGUACGCACGCGACUUCGCGAAGAGAGCAACCUCUACCGCGGAUUUUUUCGAACACUGUUCCAGUUGUACAAGGAGGGCUAUCGAGCCAUGUACCGAGGCCUUUCUGUUCAGGUCUGUCAUUCAACCUUGAAUGCUCUGUUAUUCAGAUCCGCUGACAAUCCAGAUUUUUUGUUUUUCAGCUGUUGCGGACCGUGCCAAACACGGCAAUUACGAUGGGAACAUACGAAUUCGUGGUCUACAUGCUGCAUCAUUGGUAGUUUCUGUCGACCUCUUUAGUGAUCACUUUUGCAGAGAGUCGUGCUUUUGCCUAGAGUUCUUCCUUAUCUUCUUCAUUUUUUUUUCACUUAAUCUCUCUUUCAUUCUGGACGGGCGCUUCGAAAUUUUAACUUUUUGUUCCUCCAAGCCAAGUCGAGCCUUCUAAAAAAUAAGCGGUAAUUGCCAUUCUUUGCGCUUUUAAUUGCCUUUCUCCUUUUCACUACUUUCUUUGAUGUAUUUAGUCUCCGUUUUAGUUUCUAAUCUUUUUCUUUUUGCCAGACGUCAGCGAUGUCCAACGCCGCACGUUUCAUCCGUUCAUUUUUCGCCAUCGUGUUUUAAUUUCCACUUUUGGCGAUCUGUUUUUUUUUAGUCAAUUAGCCAGAAACUCUUUGAACCGCUGAACAAAGUUAUUGUUAUUCUUACCAUUGUUUCAGUUUCAUAUUAAGUAUUCCUCAAAGUCGACGAGAAUAUGUAAAUUUACCUUGCUCCUGUCGUUGAUUUCUCGUUUCUGAUAAAUCCAGAAAAGAUUGUUUUGAAAUAGAUGUAGAACUAGUUGAUGCCUUAGCUUUAGCUUUGUUUCCAAGUUCCCUAUCCUACGCGUUUUUUCUUUUUAUCUUCGGUGCAAGUAUUAUUUGUUUGACUCCAUUGGAUCAUUUGCGUUUUCUUUGUGAUAAUUCAUAAAUUCCGGUGGGAUUCAGAAAAUAAGUCCUGUCAAACCGUUUUGGAUUGUAUUCUUUAUUUUCUUAUUUUCUGUUUUCUUUGUAUUUUUGCUGUAACUGAAUAGCUCAAAGGGAUGCGGUUAAAAAAUUUUGCAAAUUGCCUUCUCCUUUUUUGGUUUCUCUUUUAACUUUUGUGCUUUCUUAUGUCCGUAAUUUAGGGUGUUUCUUUUUUCUCACUUGUAGAAGGCAAUCGUACGAUAACGAAUUUAAUGCUGAAGGUUCUUUUUCUAAUAAACUCCUUUCACUACUAUUUACUUGAUCUCAAAAUUUUCUUCUUCAGGUUGCUCUUCGUCUGGUUCUGA